AUGAAGCACGUGAAUGAAAGUUUCCUAGAGGAUUUCAUUCUCAUGGGCUUUACCAAAUAUCCAUGUUUGGAUCUUCCUCUCUUCUUUGUCAUCCUGACCUCCUACAUCUUCACAUUGUUGGGAAACAUUGCUAUUAUUCUGGUUUCUCAACGAGACUCCCAACUCCAAAAUCCCAUGUAUUUCUUCCUCAUGAGCCUCUCCUUUUUGGAUCUGUGUUUCACCACCACGACUGUGCCACAAAUGCUGUUUAACUUAGGGGGACCAAACAAAAACAUCACUUAUAUAGGCUGUAUGGCCCAGGCCUAUGUAUUUCACUGGCUGGGCUGUACUGAAUGUGUCCUGCUUGGCAUCAUGGCCUUAGACCGUUAUGUGGCUGUGUGUAAGCCUCUGAGCUACUCUGUAAUCAUGGACCACAAGCUCUGCCUGCAGCUGUCCAGCACUGCUUGGCUUAUUGGUCUGGCCAAUUCACUGCUGCAGUCCACACUCACAGUCCAGCUGCCUCUAUGUGGGAACCAGGUACUGGACCACUUUUUCUGUGAGCUGCCCAGUCUUAUUAAGAUAGCUUGCGUGGACACCACAGUCAAUGAGGUUACUUUAGCUGUGGUGGCCACCUUCCUGGUAAUAGGUCCCCUCUCCAUGAUUCUCAUCUCCUAUGGUUACAUUGCCCGGGCUGUAUUUCAAAUCCCUUCUGCUGCUGGGAAACUUAAGGCCUUCAACACUUGCUCAUCACACUUACUGGUGGUGUCUUUAUUUUAUGGCCCUGGCAUCUGUAUCUAUAUGCAACCCUCAGGCAAUGUCUUUCAAGACCUUACUAAAGUUCUGACCCUGUUUUAUUGUGUUAUUACUCCUAUGGCCAACCCAUUCAUCUACACCCUGAGAAACAAGGAUUUUAAAGGAGCUUUGAAGAGACUUCUGAGGAGAACCAUUUUGUCUAGGAGAAUGGGAGAAAAUGAUGUUUUACUCUGA